UCGCGCCGGAACAUGAAAGGCUUCCUGGUUGUGUUGGGGGCUCCAGCGGCAGAUCAGGAACACAGGAGAGUCUACUGGCCGCCGGCUGUUUGGAGGAACUGAACUGUGACACUUUGUGCUGGUAGUCCGAGAGAAGCUUCAAGCUGCUGCGGUUUGUUCUCUGGUCAGGGUAUCACUAUGACAUCGUGGAUAUUUCAGAUGACCGUGAUGGUGCUUUCUACCUUCAUUAGCAGCAGCCAUAGCAAGAGGGACAAAGUGCUCUACUGUUCUGCAUGUAAGGCAAUUUUGGAUGAACUGAACUACUCCAUCAGUCAAGUGGAUCCAAAGAAGACAAUUAACGUAGGGAGCUUUAGACUCAACCCUGAUGGAACCAUCACAGACAAAAAGGUCCCAUUUGCUCGCUCUGAAACACACCUCAGUGAGCUCCUGGACGGGGUGUGCAACAGCAUGAGCGACUAUGCUCUGUACGUGGACCCGGAUACCCAACACAGGCAGUACAGGAGAUUUGCUCCAAGAAGCAGUGGAUCCUCGGAAGACUUUCCAGACUUUAAAAACUUCCAGUUCGAUGGACCCGAGGCAUCCAAUAACCUGAAAUUUGCAUGUGAAACACUGGUGGAGGAGCUGGAGGACGACAUCAUCUCUUUACUCGGCCAGGAUGAACAAAAUGUGCAGGAGGAGUUAUGUUACAGAGUCUCAGAUUACUGUGAAGAGAACAGUCAGCCAAACGACGAGCUGUAGUGGUUGAUAUUUUCCUUGACCUUGGUGGGACCAGUUUUUUCCGAGAUCAGUCUGAAAGCCUGAUCAUUUUAACAACUAACUUUUGAAAACAAAUAAAAGAUUGGAUUUUGAAAAAC